UUCUUCAUUCAACCUCCCAAAACCCCCUUUCCCAUUUCCCUCCUUUCUCUCUCUCUUUCUUUCCUUGUUCACACUAAAUACACUUUUCUUCUAAGUGCAGUUUAGUGUGAAAAAAAAAAACAAAAAACAAAACAAAAUGGCUGUAACAACUACUCUUCUCUUCAUUACUAUUACUCUUCUAUGUUAUGUCAUUGCUGUCAAUGCUAGAAUCCCCGGUGUUUACACUGGCGGCCCAUGGCAAAGCGCCCAUGCCACUUUCUAUGGUGGCUCUGACGCCUCCGGCACUAUGGGUGGAGCUUGUGGAUAUGGAAAUCUAUACAGUCAAGGCUAUGGAGUGAACACUGCAGCAUUAAGCACAGCAUUAUUCAACAAUGGGCUAAGUUGUGGAGCAUGUUUUGAGUUAAAAUGUGUUGAUGAUGGGGACUGGUGUCUGCCUGGAAAUCCUUCAAUUUUUAUUACUGCGACAAACUUUUGCCCCCCCAAUUUUGCUUUGUCGAGCAACAAUGGCGGGUGGUGUAACCCGCCACGUCCCCAUUUCGAUCUUGCUAUGCCGAUGUUCUUGAAAAUUGGUCAGUAUCGUGCUGGAAUUGUCCCCGUUAGCUAUCGCCGGGUACCAUGCAUUAAAAAAGGAGGUAUCCGAUUCACAAUAAACGGUUUCCGUUACUUCAACUUGUUGUUAGUAACAAACGUUGCUGGUGCAGGGGACAUACAGAAAGUCCUCAUUAAAGGAACAAAUACACAGUGGAUAGCAAUGAGUCGUAACUGGGGGCAAAAUUGGCAAACUAAUUCUCCUCUUGUGGGUCAGGCUCUUUCCAUUAGGGUUAAAGCUAGUGAUCAUCGUAGUGUCACUACUAUCAACGUGGCACCAUCUAAUUGGCAGUUUGGACAAACCUUUGAGGGCAAAAAUUUCCGGGUUUAGAUCCAAAAUACAUUCACUACACUGACCCGACCCGAAAACAGAAUUGCUUACAACUUACAAAAAAAAAAAAAAAGGAUUUUUCCUAGACUUAAGUGUUUUCUCCUUUUUAAUGGGAAAGUAUUGAAGUCCUAGGGAAAUUUAGUAUCUUUUUUUCACUUUUAUUAGUAUCAACUUUAUGAGGAAUUGGUUUUUUUCUUUUUACUUUAGUGUCUGUUACUUUUUUUUUUUCUUUUCACUUUUUGUUAUGGAGUGGUGUGAAAAAGUAAUGGAGGCUGAAGUGGCUGCAAAAGCAAAACCAAAAAAGAUUAGGGUAAAAGCAUGUAGCCCGCAGCUCUAUAUUUGCGUGUUAUAGUAGUUAGUGGUGUGUAACGGACAUCAUGUAUUUCCUAUGAAUGAAUACCAAGAUAUAAUAUAUAGUUUCGGUUUUAUAUAAA